CAACCAGUCGCAUUUACUCAUACGACCACCAAGCAAGCAAAAAUGCCGUAAAACACAAAUAACACAAUCAGGAUUCAACAAGCUUCCCCACAGAAAAUAAAACAAAAUCUAAAGCACUACAUCUAAAAAACUAAACAUCACGAAAGAAAGUUUAAAUAAAUCUUAGAUGAUGCUACGUUACGUGCUAGCUAGUUUUACUUCAGUUAGCUAACUGGUCCUCCGAUCACGCCACAUGAACAAUGCUGACGUAGGUGGCUAGGCCAGCGAGAAGGCUCCGGCGUGUUAAAGAAUACGCCCACCAUGGCAAACUCGACAUCUCAUUGGUCAAAUAAGAUGGCAACAACAUCGUCCCCAUUUGCUUCAACAGCAGAGGGGGUUCACUCGACAUUCUGAAGGCCUCAGGGUAGAUUUUUCACCUGGAGAGGCGGAGACGUCACAGGUGGAAAAUCUGAUUGGAUAAAAGCUCUAAUUUAUAUGAGCUGUACUGGAAGCAGCACAACUGAGGGAGAGAGUAGCAAUGAAAUGACGUUAAUAGACUGAUAGGAAUGAACUUUGUAGAAAACAUAUAGCAAUAAUGGAAAUAUAUAUAAAAAUAAUAUUUUCUGAUUCUGACAAUCUCGAGGCCAGCAGAGAAGGCCUUGCUGGCCUUGACGGCCCUCCUCAGGGUGGUGGGGGGCUAGUGUUGGAGGUUGUGAUGGUGGUGGUGAUGCAGAGAGUAGUGUUGGAGGUUGUGAUGGUGGUGGUGGUGCAGAGAGUAGUGUUGGAGGUUUGAUGGUUGUGGUGGUGGUACAGAGAGUAGUGUUGGAGGUUGUGAUGGUUGUGGUGUUGGUGCAGAGAGUAGUGUUGGAGGUUGUGAUGGCGGUGAUGGUGGUGCAGAGAGUAGUGUUGGAGGUUGUGAUGGCGGUGAUGGUGGUAGUGCAGAGAGUAGUGUUGGAGGUUGUGAUGGUUGAUGCUGUUGGAAAUGAAGGUAUUGAUAGACGUGGAGACUGGCUAAAGUUGGGGUGAUGGUGGCGGUGAUGUUGGUUGUUGGGUGAUUCUUGCUGCCGCUGUGUCCCCUCAUUCCGUUCACUGCGUCGCUGCUUGUGCAUGUGUCCAACGGCCAACAGGAGCGGAGCAAAGAUGAACAACAGCAGCAGCAGCAACAACAAGAGCAGCAGCUGGACAUCACAGCUGAUGCAACCGUCAGUCCCGACACAACUCCAGCGCAACCUCUGGUCAAAUCCCAUGUUGAAGACCCGGCUACCAUCUCCGAACCCGUUGCAGUCCAAGAGGAGCAAAAACCUCUUCUUCACCAGCAGCAGCAUCAGCGAGAUGUCUUUGAGGCCCUUCUACAACCCGCCGAGCUGGCUGCAUUAGACGAACGCAAGGCACUUGUGGACUCUCUUCGAGAGAGAUUCGCCAAUCUCGAGUCGAAGAUUAACAGGACGCAGGAUAGCUUAGACUGCUUGUUCACGACGAUGACCGUCCCGGGAUCCAUCCUGGAUCCGGAGCCAGAACUUGAGGCUUCCUCGGUGGUGGAAUGCGAGGAGGAGCAGGAGGAGCAGGAGGAGGAGGCGGUAGAAGGGAGGAGUGUCCAGUCGAUCGAUAUGAUCCCGUUGCCGAUGGAGGCCGCAGCAUACACUAUAGGCGACAUCAACUUCCGGGACAUGGUUACCAAAAUCCGGGAAACGCUAGCCGAGAUUAAGCUCAACAUGACCACAAUUCAGACGACAGUGAUCAGCUACGACAACCUCUCCCAAGAUGGAGCCAAUGUCACAAUCGCCGAUGUCAUCUCGGCCGACCUCGAACUUCAUCCCGAUCCUGAUCUUUGUCCUGUCAUGCUCAUUGCACCUCCUGCUCUUCCUCCUCCUCCAUCAUCAUCAUCAUCAUCCCAGGAUGCUGCCCUUCAGAACGAGGCAGAUGAGUUGAGUGGAGAAGCGGAAGCCACAGCUGACGCGGUUUUUGAUGUAACGCAUGAAGAGCUGGAGAAAGAUGACCCGGAGGGGGCGAUGGAAGGCACCGAUGAGACACAAGCACCACCAGACGAUGAUGUCAACGGGGAGAAUCGCUCGCUCGGUGCAGACGUCUCAGUCGUCGAAGAGUUGACUGUCGCUCAGGCAGAAGACACCAUCGACGCGGUCGCAGAGGAGCCCCAAAUGUUGUUGAAGGCGGCGUCCCUCGAUGACGAGGAGGUGGCAUUGCCGGAGGAUGACGUCAUCCCUGGAGGAAAAAAAACACGUAAAUCACCGGAACCGGGAGCAGUCGCUGCUGAGGGAUUCGAAGCGCAACAGAAACCAGAGGAAAAGGAGCAUGACAUUGAACAACAACAACAACAACAACAACAGCCACCACCGUCAGAUGAAACACCUGAUGGAGAACGAGCAGCAGCAGCAGCAGCAGCAGGAGAAUCAGAAGCCAGUGUUGGAGAUGAAGAAGCCACCCUGUGCAACAUGAUUCUUAGAGCCACAGUCACAGUGGUGGAACCCAUGAACGAAGGCAGUAACAAGGAAUCAGGAUCAGGACCAGAACAAUUCAAUGUUCUGAACAAAGCUAAACUGGAGGAGACGAAUAUUAUACAAAUGAUGGCCAUGAUGAUAAUUAAAAUAGCAGAAAUGCAGGCCUACAUGGAUCUGUUAUCAAUAAACACUCUUGAAACAAUCGUUGACAGAUCGCAAGGAAGUAUUGAGGCAUGCCAAGCAGACAGUGUUCGUAUGACAGAAGAGUUUUUUGUUCGGCAAGAAGAUGCAACUGCAGUUCAGUCUCUGAUAGAAGAUGUGACACAAGUGGAAGAUGAGAAACACAUCACAGAUAUUCAAGUAAAAGAAGACAUCUCUGUCCAGCGAGAAGAUCCAAAUGAAGUUCAGACUCUGAUAGAAGAUGCGACGCAAGUGGAAGAUGAGAUACACAUCACAGAUGUGCAAGUGAAAAAAGAGAUAUCUGUUCAGCGAGAAGAUGUAACUGACCAUAAGUUUCUGCAAGAAGAUGAGACACGAGUGGAGGAUGAGACACAGCCAAAAGAUGACGUUGAAGUGAAGAGAAAGUCAUCUUCUGAAGACCCUCGACCUCCACACACAGAUGAAUUGUCAGAUGUGGGAUGGUCACAGUCUGCAGAUGCACGAGACGAGACAAUGGAACCCGAUCAUCCAGUGCGCAAAAGGAAGAUGAGCAUCGCUGAGACAGAAGUCGUGAAAUUGGAAGAGAGCAUUGUGAGCAUGCAUUCGAAAAUCCAGCUGGAAAUGCUCCGCACGCAGUACAAUUUAUUGGGCUUGAAGAAGGCAAUAAAAAGUGUUUCCGAGCAAGCGGUCAUGGUUGAGGCACAUUUGACGGCAGCAAUUGCGACAGGAACUUAUGCUCCGAUCACACAAGGAAAUCGGGUCGGAGUUCAAGCGCCAACGAUGAAAGUGGAAGAACUCGUACUGGCAGAAGAUGCAGCCGUCGUGAUCCCAGGUGAUUCCAGCGGGACUGACACUCAAACAGGCGUUUCCAAAGCAAAGGUGGAUUCAUCCAGAAUGACUCCAGAGGAAAGAUCCAAUCGCAAACGUACGGCAGAAUUCGCCAAGUCACCGGAUCCCGUUCUGACUCUUGAAAUAGUCCCUGACGGAUCAACGGGUGUUGCUCCUGCGCCAUUUUUAUGCACGGACGAAUUGGCUCACGCAUUAGCCAAAUCCGAAGUCGGGUCUCUUGCAAACAAAUCGGUGAAUUCUAACAUGAAAAUUAUCAAUGGCUCCAAAGCCGAUGUCGGGACUAAGAAGUUGCCCCAUGGGGUACAAGAAGAACCUUUUGUUACGUCCCCCAUCAACAAAGAUCCAGUGGUUGCUGUAGAGGAUGAUGAUAAUGAUGAUGAAAAAGACACGGGAGUCGUUAGUGCUGUGAAGGAAGUGAACGUAGGGCAAGAGUCAUUUAUGGACGAAACCUUGAAAGAAACUUUGAAGCCAACCUACAGCAGCGACAUUUCUGAUGUCGGCAUCGAACCAAAACAAAUAAUUGAGAUAAUUGCUGCUGUUCUUCCUGACGUUGAAGUUCUGGAGCAGAUCAAACCGGCGACCACCUUUGACGAUUCAGAUCUCACCUAUGAAGACUCAGAAUUGGCGACCUGCACUUCUCUGGACACAAACUCAAGCGAGACAUCUAAAAACCUGGCCGACGGAGCUCUGGUUUCGACUCGAUCAGGGGAUCGGGUUCUGGAGCGCCCACCGAGCCCUGAACAAACUCGUCUAGUGGAAGAGGAGAUAGCAGCGGUCAUGCAGAAGACUCCGCUUUGGACAGCGUCAGCGGAAGACCGCGACACUGGUGAGAUGCGCGGCACUGCCGAUGCAACUCAGAAGACUGAGCCAUCUGAAGGCGAAUAUGCUACGUUGGAAGAAGACACACAUCUGAAAAUCAUGCCAGAGCAACCCGCUGCACCACCAGAGGGGCAAGUAGAGAUGGUAUCAAACAAAGUAUCAUCGGGAGAUGAGAACCAGGAGAAAUCUGCAGAAGCUCAGGUGGAUGUUGCUGCCUCAAUUGGUGACUUGGAAAGUGUGCAGCAGCAGCAGCCACAGCAGCAAAGUGAACCGCCUAAAGAUAUUGACGAGACGACAUCUAAAGGUAGGAAACCAUCUGACGUGUUUGAAGUCAAAGAAGAUUCUGCUUCUGCGGAAGUUUGGCUAGAUGCUGGUGUCUCUGUUGGUGACACAGGAAGCGAACAGCAGCAGCCUCAUCAUGGACAUCGACAACAGCAGCAGGGAGACGAACCGCCCCAAUAUAUCAUUUUGACGAAAGCUAAAGAUGAGAAACAAAGGGAUGUGGUAGAAGUUGAAAAGAAGAUUGCAACAGAAAAGGAAAAAUAUGAUGCGAUUAAAGUUGAAAAGACGAUAGCUAAAGGUGAAGAAUAUGAUUCGAUUGGAGUUGAACAGGCAAGAGCUAGAGCUCAGGAAGAAUCUGAUGUGAUUGAAGUUGAAAUGGCAAAAGCUGAAGGUGAGGAAGAAUCUGAUGUGUCUGAAGUUGACGUAGACAAGAAACAAUUGGAUGUGGUAGAAGAUAAACAGAAGACUACAAGAGGUAAGGAAGAAUCUAAUAUGAUUAAGCUUGAAAAGACGAUAGCUAAAGACAAGGAGGAAUCUCAUGGGGUAGAAGUUGAAAAGAUGGUAGCUGAAGAUAAGGAAGAAUGUAAUGUGAUUGAAGUUGAAAAGGCAAUAGCUAAAGAUGAGGAAGAUUCUGAUUGGGUGGAAGUUGAAAAUAUGAUAUCUAAAGCUGACAAAGAAUCUGAUGUGAUCAAAGUUGAACAGACAAUAGCUAAAGAGGAGGAAGAAUUUGAAUGGAUGGAAGUUGAAAAGACGAUAGCUAAAGAUGAGGUAGAAUCUGAUGUGAUGGAAGUUGGAAAGAUGACAGCUAAAGUUGCGGAAAAAUCUGAUGGGUUAGAAGGCGAAAAGAUGAUAGCUAAAGCUGAAGAAGAAUCUGACGUGAUCAAAGUUGAAAAGAACAUAGCUAAAGCGAAGGAAGCAUGUGAAGUGAUUAAAGUUGAAAAGACAAUAGCUGAAGAUGAGGAAGAAUAUCAUGGGGUAGGAGUUGGAAAGAUGGAAGCUAAAACUGAGGAAGAGUCUAAUGUGAUAGAAGUUGAACAGACAAUAGCUAAAGUUGAGGAAAAAUCUGAUGUAAUUAAAGAGGAAAUGACGAUAGCUAAGGAAGAAAGUGAUGUGAUUAAAGAUCAAAAGAUGACAGCUAAAGCUAAGGCAGUAUCUCAUGUGAUUGCAGUUGAAAAGUCGAUAACUAAAGAUGAGAGAGAAUCUUAUGGGGUUGAAGUUGAAAAGAUGACACUUAAAGAGAGGAAAGUAUCCGUUGUGAUAGAAGUUGGAAAAACGAAAGCUAAAGAUGAAGAAUGUGAUGUGAGUCAAUUUGAACAGACGAUAGCUAAAGAUGAGAAAGAAUCUGAUGGGGUAGAAGUUAUAAAGAUGAUGUCUAAAGCUGAGAAAGAAUAUGUUGUGAUUGAAGAUGAAAAGACGGCAGCUGAAGAUGAAGAAGAAUCUGAUGGAAUGGAAGUUGAAAAGAUGGGAGGUAAAACUGAGGAACAAUCUGAUGUGAUUGAAGUCGAAAAUACAAUAUCUAAAGCUAAGGAAGAAUCGGAGGUGAAUAAAGAUGAAAGCACGAUAGCUAAAGAUAGGGAAGAAUGUGAUGUGAUUAAAGUUGCAAAGAAAAUAUCUAAAUAUGAAGAAUCUGAUGGAGUAGAAGUAGAAAAGAUGAUAACUAAAGAUGAGGGAGAAUCCGAUAUUAUUGAAGUUGAAGAGAUGACAGCUAAAGAUGAGGAAGAAUUAGAUGGGGUAGAGGUUGAAAAGACAAUAGCUAAAGAUGAGAAAGAAUCUAUUGUGAUUAAAGUUCAAAUGGCAAUAGCUAAAGAUGAGGAAGAAUAUCAUGGGGUAGAAGUUGUAAAGAUGGAAGCUAAAACUGAGGAAGAACCUGAUUUGAUUGCAGUUGAAAAUAUGAUAGCUAAAGAUGAGGAAGACUCUCAUGGGGUAAAAGUUGGAAAGACGACAGCUAAAGAGGGGGAGGAAUAUGAUGUGAUAGAAUUUGGAAAGAAGAAAGCUAAAAAUGAAGAAUGUGAUGUAAUUCAAGUUGAACAGACAAAAGUUAAAGAUGAAAUACAAUCUGAUGUGUUGGAAGUUGAAGAAGAUUCUGCUUCUGCGGAAGUUUGGGUGGAUGGUGGUGGCUCUGUCGGUGACAUAGUAAACGAACAGCAGCAUCAUGAAGAGCAGCAACAGCAGCAGGAAACCAAACCGCCCCCAGAUACCAAAGUGACGAAAGAUAAAGACGAGAAACAAGCGGAUGUGGUAGAAGAUGAAGAGAAGACUACAACAGAUCAUCAAGCGGACGGUGUGAGGUUUAGCACGACAGACAUGCAAUAUGAAGAAGAUUCAGGGUCGAGAUCAAAUGCGGACACAGCCGAGGAAGUUGCAGAUGAUUGCGAAUCAAGUGCCGGUUUUACGCCCGCUGGAACUCAACAGGUGGACUUCUUGAAACUGCAAGAGGCUCUCACCAGCAUACCUGUCAUGAUCGCUCUCAUGAAGGACGACGUGACUGAAAUAAAGAUGAAUUUACCACCGAAGAGGAAAUCUUCCACCAAGCAGUUUUCGGCGAUGGAUGAAGCUGUCCUGACACCCACGAGUGACAUGUCUCUCCGCAAUUCACACACCAUUAUGGCCAAGUCACAUCAGGGAAGCACAAAGGAUGAGAAUAAAGGUGCCGCGGAUGACAAAAAUGAUGACAAUGGUGUAUCCAAGACAACUGCCGCUCCAUCGGACGAAGCCAUGCUGACAGCUGCAGACCGUGAGGCACCGGCGAUCGACGAGUUGGAGGAAAUUGAGGCAAAUAUUAAUGAGAUGCAAAGCAGCUUUCACCAAAUGAAGAUAGAAUUGGAUAAUAUGCAGCUGCACGCGGAUAAGAUUGACACCGUGGGCAGAGGUGGAAUGGAGGACACGCUGGCGACGUCUGGGCAGGUGGCCAAAAUCCCCGAUGUGGUGGAGAUCUCGAGGCACCACGGGUCCGAUGAGGAGACGAUGAAGACCAUGAUGGUGAGUUCACGUGGUGUUACUCACCACAAAGAGAACUUCUUGAAAAUGCAAGAGAGCAUCGCGGGCAUGACGUCCAAAAUCACCGCGGUGCAAGUCCAGCUGAUGAGAUUGAAAGCCGAGUUUUGUGACCCGAAAGCAACGGCCGUGAUUGAGGAGCAGACAGAGUCGGCCCAGGGCGUUGAGUUGAUGUCUCCUUCUGAUCUUCACGCCGAAGGAUUGCCUUCUCGUCGACCCAAAAUAGAAGCUGCGAUUGAACUGAAAGAGGGCAAAGCGGCAGAGCCCAACUCGAGUAAAGAGACAGUGAUGGCUGCAUUAGUGACGACAGAACCGGGAGCAUGCAAAGAAGAUGCCGUAGAGAUCAAGACAACGCUUAGAACAGACUCUUACAAAGAAGACCAGGAAGAUGAGGAAGAAGAGGAGGAAAACAAGACGAAGGCAGAGACUCUGAAAGGUGACCGCGAUGUCACGACAGUGAGGGAGAAGAACACAGCGUAUGCACAAUUAGAGGUCACUUUGGACGCAUUGAGGCAAGAGGCCAAAGAUAAAGGUUGCGACCCCGCCAUCGUUGCCCAGCCACCCCGCUGUUGCUCGGCUCUGGUCAAAAUCACGGCGACCAUGAGUCACCGGAGUUUGGACAAUGCUAAGACUAACGCUGGCACGAGCUCAAUCGUCACGGAGGUCAACGUUGCACUGACACAGUUGGGAGUCAGCACCACCAGCGUGGAUGUCCAUCACGGGCAUAACGACGCAGCACAGAGUGCAAUGACGUCCGUGGAUCUCUGCUCGGCCAAAAUCUCUGUUCGCAGUGGUGGUGGUGGUGGUGAUACUGAUUUUGACCCUGGCAGCGCUCAAGGUGAUGGCCCCCGGGUUGUGGAAGAGCUCAAAUUUAGCGAGACCAAUGUAGACGAUUUAGAGCUGAUGAGUGAAAAGUUUUUGGAAAUGAACGCGAAUGAAGACAUCGUAGGCGUGUUAGUGUUUGACAAUGAGGAGGAGGAGGAGCAGGUAGGGAAGGAUAUGAAGGAGAAGAUAGCAGAGGUGGUGGAAGAGGAGAAGGUGGUGGAGGAGAAGAUGGCGGAGGAGGUGGAGAAGGAGGUGGCAGAGGAGGAGGUAGCAAAGAAGGUAGCAGAGGUGGUGGAAGAGAACUUGGAGGAGGAGAAGAUGGAGGUGACAGAGGAGGAUAUGGUAAAUAAGGAGGUGGUUACAGAGAAAGAGAAGGCAGAGAACGAGGAGGAAAUGGUGGCAGUGGAGAAAGUGGCAGAGACAGAGGAAGUGGUGGCGGAGGAGGUAGCGGAGGUGGUGGACAAGGAUAAGGUAGAAGGUAAGAUGCUGGAGAAAGAGGUGGUGGAGAAGGACGUGGCUGAGGAGAAUAAAGUGGAAAAGAAGGAGGUGGGAGCCGAGGGAGAGAAGGUGGAGAAUAAGGAGGUGGUGGCAGAGGAGAAAGUGGCAGAGGAGGAGGAAGUGGUAGCCAAGGAGGAGGAGGGGGAGGAGAAAGAGGAGGAGGUGGUAGUGAAAAAGAAGGUGAUGGAGGAGGUGGAGGUGGUCAUGCAGAAGAAUCGGCUCGUGAAAUAUGUGGAGGGAAAUCAACAGGAGGACCUGGAAGCGGAGCAGAAGAAGGAGAGGGAGGAGAAGACAGAGGAUCAGGAGGUGAAGGAGGAAACAUAA